ACAACAACAAAUAUGGCCGAUAAAAACUUGCCGCUGGGCAGGCUCUUCUUCUUUUUCGCCGCUUCUGCCGCAGCUCUGCCCGUCGUUGUCCGCUGCCCUCUGUCGCAGCGCCGAGCGCUCUGCCCCGAAGCUCCAGGGCCCCAACAGAUUAUUGUUUACGUGUCGCCGCAGCCGAUUCUUCCGACUCGUCUUGCUAAAGCGGGACGCUUUCUUCUCCAAAUCAGGAUUUAAAUCCGGAGUUUCCCGGUAGGAUAGCCAAGAACCGUUACCCGGCAAGAAAGUACCGUUACCCGGCAAGGCACCAAAUCAAACUAAAAAAAUAAUAAAAAAAAUAUAACAAAAGUUACUGCCAAAAAAAAGCAGCACUUGUUUGGUCUAUUGUUUGCACCACAAAGUGGGCACAGCUGCUGGAGAUCCGAAUCCGAGAGAGAGAAAAUCCGACAAUGAACAUACACAUGAACACCAACACCCUCAAGUACGUCAGCCUGCUGACUCUAACGCUCCAGAAUGCCAUCCUCGGACUGAGUAUGCGGUAUGCCAGGACCCGGCCCGGUGACAUCUUUCUCAGUUCCACAGCCGUGCUGAUGGCCGAGUUCGCCAAGCUGAUCACCUGCCUGUUCCUGGUCUUCAACGAGGAGGGCAAGGACGCCCAGAAGUUCAUCCGCUCCCUGCACCGGACGAUCAUCGCCAAUCCGGUGGACACUCUCAAGGUGUGCGUCCCCUCGCUCGUCUACAUCGUCCAGAACAACCUGCUGUAUGUUUCCGCCUCCCAUCUGGAUGCCGCCACCUACCAGGUCACCUACCAGCUGAAGAUCCUCACAACAGCCAUGUUCGCGGUGGUGAUCCUUCGCCGGAAACUCCUCAACACCCAGUGGGGAGCGCUCCUCCUGCUCGUAAUGGGCAUUGUCCUCGUCCAGCUGGCCCAGACGGACGGACCGGCGAGUGGCAGCAGCAGUGGCACCUCCUCGCCCGCCGCCGGAGGAUCGGGAGCGGCCGGAGCCCCCGAACAGAACCGUAUGCUGGGACUGUGGGCCGCCCUGGGCGCAUGCUUCCUAUCCGGCUUUGCGGGCAUCUACUUCGAGAAGAUCCUGAAGGGAGCCGAGAUCUCCGUUUGGAUGCGGAAUGUCCAGCUGAGUCUGCUGAGCAUUCCGUUUGGGCUGCUCACCUGCUUCGUGAACGACGCCGGAAGGAUCUACGACAGGGGCUUCUUCCACGGCUACGAUGUGUUCGUGUGGUAUCUGGUGCUCCUGCAGGCGGGCGGUGGACUCAUCGUGGCUGUGGUGGUCAAGUAUGCGGACAACAUCCUGAAGGGAUUCGCCACCUCGCUGGCCAUCAUCAUAUCGUGCGUGGCCUCCAUCUACAUCUUCGACUUCAACCUGACGCUGCAGUUCAGCUUCGGCGCUGCCCUCGUGAUAGCCUCCAUAUUCCUCUACGGGUAUGAUCCCUCCAAGCAGGGCACCAAGCCGACUAGCAUGCAGGGUCCUGACGAGGAGAAGCUCCUGCCGCGCGUCUAGUUGGUCCUGCGACCAGUUGGACCCGUCAACAGUAUUUUGUCCAAAAGCACCAACAAAUGUACUUGAACCCACCCACCCAUCCAUCCCCAAUCCCCCCUCGUGCGUGUGCUUUGUGUGUGUUUGUAAUAUAUAUCGGAUAUCGGAUAUCAGAUACUAUAUACUAUCCUACAUAGGAUAUAUAUAUAUGUUUUUUUUGAGAAAAGGAUGCAAAGAGUCCAUCUCUGGACUGAUUCAAGUGGUUUUCUUAGCUACCAAGAUUCCAGUAACGAAGGAAAACGCGCGGUUGUCUCUGUAAAAAAUUAAAUACUUAAUAUAUAUUACUAUAUAGCUAAAAUCUAAUUAGGACUAAUGACUACAAAUUGUUUAGAAAUCUCUGAAAACGGCCUGCGAAAAAGUUCUCGUCUUUUUUCGUUAUUAUUAAAUGUAUUUUCGUCACCUACUUGGACAAGAAAUGGCUUGAAACGGUCCUUCGAAUUAGUUUUUUUUGCAUUCCCACGAAAAAGUUGAUGUUUUCAUCCUAAAUUGUGUAAUUUUUGUUUGAUUUUUGAAAGCAAUACCCCUGUAUUUAGUAUUUAAUUUUUGGGGAAAACUAAAAAAUAAUUAUUUAUGAGCAAUACACAAAAAUAAGUGUGAUCUUUGCCAAUUCUCAACACUUUUUUUCAAAUUGUUUGAAUAAAAAACGAAAACAAAAUAGAAAA